GGGACGACAGCUGAUCGUAUGGAAUCAAUCGAGGCGAUAUGUGUAGUGGUCGAUGAAGCUCCUCGUUCUGCGAUCAACGGUACCAGGCACAAAGAAUCACCACCCGGUCGAAAACUCUACGAUGCUCGCAUAUUGGUCUCUACCAAUCGUGAUCGAGUGGGUCAGGGACAGUGGAUCAAUACGAAAGCGAACGAUCAUUUCGUAGAAUCGACAUCCAACUUACCUACGAGCGGGACGACAGCCGAUCGUAUGGAAUCAAUCGAGGCGAUAUGUGUAGUGGUCGAUGAAUCUCCUCGUUCUGCGAUCAACGGUACCAGGCACAAGGAAUCACCACCCGGUCGAAAACUCCACGAUGCUCGCAUAUUGGUCUCUACCAAUCGUGGUCAGUUCAGUUAA